AUAUCGAAUAUUCGGAUAUCCGUUUAUAGGAAAACCUAUAGUUACGAGUUAGAAACGGUUAUAGCGCGGUUACUUUGUUAUAGAUAUCUCAUUCAACAGCUAGGUUGGGAAACUCAAGAUUCCUUAAAAGCUUUCGGGGAAGCACGCGGAUAUCCCGUCGAACGCGACAUUUAUCUCACCGCGUUGCAGGAGGUCCAACGCGGUGAGAAGAUCGACACGAGUAAAGUCGUUCUGACCCCGGAUUCCAUCGGCGUCGUAGCCACGUCUAGGAAGAUUCCGUCGAAGAUGCGUUCGCUGUUGAAAAACUCGGCAGGCCGACCGAUGGGGCCGCCGAAGUUUCCGAUGUCGCGACGAGGUUUCGCGAACGGUGGGCCGUACUCGCCUCAGAGAUUCGGUAUCGCGGGUCCACCGCCGGGAUUCGGCCCGAUGCCACCACCUCCGCCCGGUAUGCCGCCUAUUCCGCCGAUGAGUCCGCCGCUCUACGGACCCAGGCCGUUUAGGUAUGGACCGCCGCCGAUGCGCCAGGCGAUGCCACCGACGCCGCUUCCCGGCCCAGGGGGUUUCCCGCGUCCCGGUUUUCCGCCGCGUAUGCCAGUCCCGCCGAGGAUGGCGGGUCUACCGAGAUUGCCAGCCAGCCCAGCCGCACGGUUACCGCCGAUGAAGAUGCCACCGCCACCGCCUCCGCCUUCCAGAACAAUCAAGCAGCAGCUUCAAGCGCAGAAGAAGCAGCAGCUUAGAAAUGGAAUCAUGGAGCGCGCGGUGAACAUUCGCCUAAGGCGGAACGGGCCGGCCAGCAGCAGAAUCAUACCCAAAGCGCGUAAGGAACAGGACUUUACCGUCGACACGUUCGAGGAGAAUCUGCUUACGACCACGAUUGUCGCGCAACCGCGACGACAAACAAGAGGACGCUUUAAUCAAGUCAAGUGACGAUGUACUCGUUAGGAAUCCGAUGAUACUUAAAACCCAGAUUUUUUUUUCCGUUUGACAUAUCGCAGUUAAAGCAGAGGUUCACAGUGUCCAAGAUAUCUCGUGCUUGUAGUCGCUGUCCUGUGACGUAUAGAGAUACCUAACAGUUUACACGAUAAUUUUUGAACUUGGACAUCAAUAACACAUUCUCUGUCUCUCCCGUAAACAUUUUACUGAUGUAUUUUAUAUUGAACACAACACUAAUGACCGAACUUCAUGGAAAAUAAUAUCAGAAAUCUCACGAUGUCCAUUUUUUUUUUAGCUUAUGUCUAUGUACACGUAAUUUUAUUUUAGUAAUUAAACAAUUAUUAUUACGUUAUUUAAACGUAAUAGUAGAAUUUUUAUUAAGGUUAUUCAUAGACAUGAUAUCGUGGGAUUGACGUGCGACAGAAGCCAUUUGGGAGUAUUUAUGUAAUAAAUAGUUGUUUGUAUGUUGUUUAACAGAAAAAGCGAAAUAUUAUGUAUAAAAAUAGGAUUAAAGGCAGAACUGUCCAUGACUCUUAUACUAUCAUUUAUAGAUUGAGUAUAACACGUCAUUAACGUGACUUCUUAUAAUUUGACGUUAAUUUGACAAAAUUUCAGUUUAAACAUUUAAUAUUGUUGUGUUUAGCAUUAUACGAAUUGCAAACACUUAAUCUAUUGACAAAUAUUAUAUUCAAAACUGAUUAAUGACUAAAAAUCAAAAUAGAUAGUAAUGAGCGGACAGUGAUUUUGUGUACAAUUUUAAAUAAAAUGUGUGCAUUUAGAUAUAAGAGAUAUAAGAGAUAUACUAUUAUAAAAUCAAAUUAAGAGUUUUUUUUAUUCAUUUACAAUCGGGAAAUCGCAAUUAUCUUCAUGAAUGGGCUAGGCGAAAAUACAAUUCUGAAAUCAAUGCUUUUAGCAAGACUCAAUAUUGGUUAACUAACUGCAGUUGUUGAUUAUUGCAGGUUACCAGUACGGGAUUUCCGCCAAUCUGGAAACCUAUUAGAUAUUAAAUUUUAUUCUUUUUAAUACAACGUAAUAUCAUUCUUGUCAUAUUGAAUUAUGAGCGAGUUUUACACUUUUCUUUCGAUGUGACUUAUUAUAUCCUUCUAUAUUAUAUCCGAUACGCAAUCAAUUCUUUUCUGAUCGCUAUAAAUCUGUUCUCGGGGAAUUACUUCUCGGGGGGAAUUACUUCCUAUACUAACACAGGGAUCGAAUGUUUUACGAGGAUGCUCGAUGGUAAAGUAGCUUGGUAGUUCGACGUUGUCGUUGCUAUGCUAUAAGAUUACGUAGACAGGUACGCGCGUGGCGCGAACGUAAUUGAACGUACGUCUGGAAGAUCGGAGCGGGCCACGGCUGGUCGUGCAUCGUGUAUCUCGUUCCGAGAUAUUAAAGUGAUUCAAUAUUCGGACCGGAGUCAAAGGGUCACGCGUGUAGGAGGGACACGUCUCUCGCGCGCCUGACCAUAUAUCACGAACUGCCGUUGGCGUACAUGGAAUAAUUCCACGAGAAAUUGCACGCGUCACACACGAGUAACGCCUUGGGCCUCGGGGGCUUUACCCGGCGGCCUUAAAAGUGAGACUUGGUGAUAGGAAGGGCAUAAAUUAAGUGCGCUCGUAUGCGCGUUUUAUAUGGCGUGCUGCUUCCCUCUCGCCUGGUAGAUAAGCAUUGCUCUGCUUGUAAUGACGAGUAGCAAAUUUCGGCGAACAAUACUACAAAUCGAUAGCAAGUGAACGACAUAUACUACGUUUGCGCGAGCGUUAAUUCUGUAGUAACUUACGAUAAUUCACUCGUUUACGCGGAGUAAAUUAUCGUAAGUUACUACAGAAGUAACGCUCGCGUAAACGUAGUAAUAUGCUAUAAUUGACGUGGAUUGAGAAAUGUAAUUCUCAGAUUAUAAAUAAUCCUAACUGUAAAAUUGAAUUUAGUAAAUCAGAUACAUUUGAUAUAUCUGAGUAUUAUGGCUAUAAAAAAAAAUUGAACUUUUAAUGCGUUAACUCGUCAAAAAUGAUGCUUACAUAGUGCAAAGAUAAGACAUUUAAUAGUGUAAAUUCAAGGCUAAAAUAUGAAGAGAUUAGAAGAAAUUGUUAAUAACACAAUGUCAUAAAAAUCAUACUUUUUUCUGUGAAGUAUUUGGUUGCACUGGAGAUAAUAGAACAUCAGAUACAGCGCGUGAAUCGUUUGCUUUCAUCAUAGUCAAAUCAAUAUCGCGUUCUAAGUUAUGCUCUUAGACAUAACGCAGGCACACUUUGGACCUAAAUGUCCGAGAAAUAGAGAAGAAGACAGAUAGAGAAAGAGAAAAAGAGAGGAGGGGAACGAUGACGACGAACGACGACGACGAGAAAAGAGGUCGUCGUGGAUAGAAGGAAUUCGAAAACUUUCUCAGAGGUGGAAAGAUCGUCGCCCUUCUCGCCACACUCCCGGCUCACGGGAGACAAUCCGAAAGUAACUUCUGGUGCGGGCUACUGGCGCCAUGGGAAACAAUCGUCCAUCGCGAUCGUUGGGCGCAACCGUGCGCGCGAGACAACUGUUUCCCCGGGGUCCCCCGUACCUAUCUCUCAGUUAGACAUUAGAUUUAUCGACAUAUUUUCUCAGUCUUUUGAGAGACUUUAUUUACUUUUGUACAACGUCGUCUACCUCGCCUUCGUGCACCGCUGCUGCACGCGCGACUACCCGCCUUGUUUCGGACUGCGCCGGACGCUGGUCGAUCAGAUCGGAGGGGGAUAGCAGAAACGGAGGUUUUAACCAGGAAACUGAUCGGUGUUUGUAUAAAUUCUAUUUUGAACAGAAGAGAAGAUAUGCGUGACGAUCGAGAAUUGGUAUAGGAAUUGAAUAAAAAUCGAGGGGCUUGAGGGGAACAACAUGUUAUAUCACGCAAAUUUGUCCGAAUCAACAUUUGAAAGGAACUCUGAAUUAUUUAUUACUAUUACUUAUGUCGUAAUUAUUCGCAAAAUAUACGUGAGAUUUUUUUGAAUUUUUUGAUUAUGCUAACAAUAUGCUAUUACCUCGAGUUUUAUGAAUGCAUAAUGAGAUCCCAUCUUUGAUACGUGGACUUUCGAGCAUAGAGCAAAAAGAUGUUUACUCAAGUGUAACGCAGUACAAUUGAUUAUGAUUUAAAUGGAUGUUAAUAAGUACUGAGUUGGAACGAUAACUUUUUUUUUAGGUAUUGACAGAAAUUUCUAUUAUUACGAUCGUAAUCGGUGCAGGGUUACUGCGAACGAGAAGAUUGCAUGAUCUAACUACUGCGUGAUUGUCCGAAACGAUCUUUCGGGUGCGUUUCGACGGAACUUUUCAAAUAAUUCGUAAAAACCCGCAGAGGGACAAACAAGUCCAUAAAGACCUCGCGUCAUCUCGCUGUUUCUUCUUCCUCACGUCCAGUUUCCUCUUUCGAUCAGUCGUUUUACAUUUCUUUGAGGUGCGAUCUAUCAGAAACACAGAUCACAAAUCAGAUAAUUCGUAUGCUUAUCUAAUCCGUAUGCGCACUAUUACCUGAUUCGUAUGCGCAUCAAUAAUAAAUUGCAGACUGAGACAAUCGUUAGAAAAAAUAGAUGAGUUUAAAGGAAGAAAUAGUGCAAAAUAUUUCUGCAAGAUUAAUUUUUGAUUUUUGGUUGAUUUAAAAAAAAAUUUUUAACGUUGUUUUAUAUAUAUUUACGCUUAGCCAAUAGAUUACUUCAAUAAAUAUAGCUAAAUUUCAUACAUGUAUAAGGAUGAAUAAUAUCUUAAUAUGUAUUUUUAUGAAAACGAAGUAUAUUUUUUAUUUCUUAGUUAUCGAAAUCAAGUAAAUAAAAAGGAAUAUGGAAAAGUGUCAAAAUCUAAAUCAACUUUCCGUUUUUAGAUAGCAAGGUUCACAAUUUCGCAGAAUAAAUCGCUAUGAAUCUCCUUUAAUUCACCUAUUUUUUGCACAGAUUGAAUGCUAUAAUUCACUGACGGAGGGAUCGACAGCGAGUUCCCUUUCGUCCGACGUGGCAAUUAGUCCCGAUUAAUUCCUCAAAAAUCAAAAGGAACGCGCGCGUGCUCUGCGGUAGGUAUAGAUCUUUUAGGGUAGGGACUUCGGGGAGUCGAAUAGAAGGCUAAAAGCUAACCACACACGUGGUUCGAGCGAUCUAGCUUCUCUCACUCUCUCUCUCUCUUUCUCUCUCUCCGUGUCUCUUCUCUAUUUCGUAGAUCCUCUAUUCUGUGUAUCCUCCGGCCUAUGUACUACGCGUAUGUAUGCGCGUCUCUCUCUCGUUGGCACGCCAAUAACGUUGCGUGGCAGUGCACUUUAAUGCCGCGGCGCGGCCUACUUAGCGGCCGGCUUGAUUAACAUGGAGUGAUUAAUAGUUGCUCCCUCCGUUCGUAACCAACCCCAACAGCGGCGGCAUCGGAGAUCUAAUCGCACGAUAUUUAUUGCCCUGCGCGUCGUCCACCUCGGGGCCCUCGGCCACGGCGAUUUUGCGAGCCCGCGCUCCCUCCUUCCCUUUAGCCCUCUUCCACGUUCUCCUCUUUUUCGAUUUCGUUUAUUUUGGUUUUUAUUUUCGUCUCACAUCGGCUCACUCGGAGCCGGUCCGCGGGCUCCUCUCUUGCCUUCCUGAGUUUCGGCCUUCUCAGCAUCGCCUGAAUUCCUCUUGGUUCCCGUUUCAGCUCGAGUUGUUAUUUAAGUUUAAUGAUAUUUAUUAUUUACGCGACAUACGGCAAGUAUAUAAUAUCAGUUUUAAACAAACGAGAUGUAAGUUAUUUAUAAAUUUGUUUUAAGUUUAUGCUUUUCUACUUUCGGUGACGUUGUGUGUUAUUUAAAACUGUUCAUAUAUAUAUAUAUAUAUGAUUGUAUAUUUAUAGCCGUGUGUUUUUCGAUUCUAAUUUCAUUUGAAUAAAAAAAUCUGUCUAUGCUUUUCGAUAAAUUCGACUUGAUACGCUGUUGGCGGGUUUUGCGCGAGAGACAUAUCUAUCUCGUUUGUUCCCCCUUUACAUGUUGCGUCAGCGUUACGCGCGCGUUGGCGCCGCAUUCGUCUAUCCAAUCUGUAGCCGUGUUUACAAUCCCAGCUUCGACGGCUUGCAAUUGUUCUGAUCAGGGAUGACUAUUUGUAAAUAGAUACGAACAUUUUACUUCUUUGUAUCGAUUUUACAAAGUUAUCACGGAGGUAUCGAUACCAGAGGUGAUAGAUAUCCUCGAGAAACGUCGAAAAGAAAAAUGAUAAAUAAUAUGAUUAUUUUUAUAGCAAUUACAUUCGAAAAUAUCGUGUCGUAGUUUGAUAUAAUUUAAGGUAUUGUUUAAAAAUGCGUACCCCUACAUCUACAGAUGUAAUAUAUAUUUGUCUGUUCAAUGCAACAUUGUAAUAAAAGAGGGAGAUUUAUUUAA